AUGGGUAAUAUAAAAGAGUACAUUUAUAUUACUGGACCACUUCUCCAAAAUAUUGCUCUUAGAUUGCCUAAUCUUAGUCACUUGCUUCUUGGAAACAAUCUCAUCAAUGACUCCAUACCGAACUCAUUGUGCAAAAUAAACUCUUUGUACAUUCUUGACUUUUCAGGAAACAAUUUAGUUGGCAGCAUUCCAAAUUGUUGGAGUAAAAGUAAAAGAUUGAAUGAGAUAAACCUAUCAUCUAACAAAUUAUCAGGUAUUGUUCCAAGCUCGUUCGGCAAUCUUUCCAUUUUGGCCUGGUUACAUUUGAACAACAAUAGUCUUGAAGGAGAGUUUCCAUCAUGCUUGAGGAAUUUAAAACAGCUGUUAAUCUUAGAUAUUGGAGAUAAUCAAAUGUCGGGGGCAAUACCUUCAUGGAUUGGAGACAUAUUCUCCUUAAUGCAGAUUCUCAGGUUGAGAAAAAACAAGUUUCAAGGAAACAUUCCAUCACAACUUUGUAAACUUCCAGCUUUGCAAAUAUUGGACCUUUCCAACAACAAGUUGAUAGGUUUGAUACCUCACUGUAUUGGAAAAUUAACAGCAAUGAUUCAAGGAUACAAACCGUCAGUUUCCUUAGCUCCCGGAGAACCGAGGUAUUUGGAAUGGUAUGACCAAGAUGUGAGCCAGAUCAUUAAAGGAAGAGAAGAUCAUUAUACAAGAAAUCUGAAACUUGUGGCCAACAUGGAUUUAUCAAACAACAAUUUGAGUGGACCUAUUCCUAAAGGAAUAACUCUUCUUACGGCAUUGCGAGGCCUAAACUUGUCGCACAAUCAUUUGUCCGGUGAAAUUCCAACAACCAUCGGAGACAUGAAGUCACUUGAAUCUUUGGACCUCUCUCAUGAUCAACUUUCAAGCUCAAUUCCUCACACAAUGUCUAGUUUAACUUUUCUAAGUGCGCUAAACUUGUCCUACAACAACCUUUCAGGACCAAUUCCACAAGGAAACCAAUUUUUAACACUAAAUGAUCCGUCUAUUUAUGGUGGCAACCAAUUUCUUUGUGGUGCACCAUUGUCUAAUCAUUGUGAUGUUGAUGAAGAUGAUAGAGAUGAAAGUGGAGAUGAAGAUGGAAAAGAAGACAACGUUGUUGAGAAAUGGUUGUUUUACUUUGUGAUUGCACUAGGAUUUGGUAGUGGCUUUUGGGUUGUGAUUGGUGUGUUGUUGUUGAAGAAGAGUUGGAGACAUGCUUACUUUAGAUGUAUUGAUGAUGCAUUGCUUAGGAUAAAUGGAACAUUUAGAAGAGAGUUAGCAAAGUUAAAGAAAACAUGUAUGGGAAAUCCUGUUGAUUAG